AUGGGUGGUGGUGGCGGCAGCGUUAGUAACGCGAAUGGAGGUGUUCCGGCGUCUUCGAGGAAGGUUAUUCAGGAUUUGAAGGAGAUUGUGGAGUGUUCUGAGUUAGAGAUUUAUGCGAUGCUUGUUGAGUGCGAUAUGAAUCCUGAUGAAGCUGUUAAUCGUCUUCUCUCUCAAGAUACUUUUCAUGAGGUGAAGAGUAAACGAGAGAAAAAGAAAGAGACUAAAGACCAUGCAGACUCCUGGACGCGUAAUGUCCCGAAUCGUGGAGCUAGAAGCGGUAAUGACAGUUACAAUACCUCUCGAGGUGGCAGAAACAAGUAUAAAUCUAAUGAGACAGGAAAAAUUCAAGGUGUACCUGUGAAUAGAAGAGAAAACGGAGCACGUAAUCAUUUGGCUGGAUCUUCUGCAUCAUCUGGUUUGCUUGGACGCCUACCUGGUUUGCUUAGACGCCAACCACCAUCAAACAGUGAUCUUCCAAGCUCUAAAGUCAAGAAAGCACCAACGACCCCCAGUGAUGCAGUUACUUUGUCUUCGUUGCCUUUUCCUGCGUAUCAAUCAGCUUGGGCUAGCGCUAACCCUGGGCAAAGAACUAUGGCUGAAAUUGUGAAAAUGGGUAGACCUAACCUGCAGAAGAAUGUCGCUUUGCCUCGUUCAUCAGAGGCUCAAGAGAGCAGCAGUAAAGCCCCUUUGAAGGAUGAAUGCCCUUCAAUUGAGAAGCAAGACGUUUCUUAUCUAUCAUCCUCUGUCUUGAAACCAUCUGCUGAAUCUAAGAUUUCUUCCGACCAAUUUAGUGAGUCUCAACAUUUGGAUGAGACUCUUUUGGAUGACAUCCACCGCGAAACAAAAACUUAUCCAACUGGGUCUCCUCCUGAUGUGGAUCACAAUCCGCUAGCUUCAGUAUCAAGCAGAAAUUUGGUUGACGAUGAAUCUAGAGAUUCCUUAGUAUGUGACGAUGAAAAUAACAAAGCUGAAAGACAUUCUUAUGAGGAAAAUCAAGAUGAAGAUGUUUCUACUUCUGUUGCUACUGGUUUUCAGCAACUAACUAUUUACAAUGAAGAAGAGCAGGAAGCAUUACCAAAGGAAGAAAAACAUGCGGUGAUAAUCCCCAAUCACCUGCAAGUCCAUACCUCGGAAUGCUUGCACUUAAUGUUCGGUUGUUUUUCUUCUGGGAUAGGAUCUGGUCAACCUAGUGCCUUGAAUGAUAACUUGGAAGAACCACUAGUAGCAGAGGAUGAUUCAUCAUUCAGACAUCCCGACACUAACUUCUAUGGAGAAGAAGAAGCAGAACAGCCGAGAAAUGCUGUUACAAAUGAACAAGUGUCUUAUCAAAUCGAUUCAAGUUACAGAUUUGAAAACAACCAACUGUUCCAUCCUCCAUCAGAAACAAAUCCUCAGAGGCAGAAUCUCGAUACCUACCCCAACAUAAUGCAGCAAGGAUAUACAAGUUCGUUACCCAACACUCUACUCCCAUCAGGCAUUCAAGAUGGAAGAGAAUCUAAUCUUCACUACUCGCCUUUCACAACACUAUACAACACUGAAAUUUCCAUGGCCGAGGCACUAAGAGCUGCGAGUAUUUCACCUCAAAACGCAAUACCCAGUGCAGGACAGCAAGCAGCAACUCUUGCACAACAUCUUGCCUUAAAUCCCUACUCUCAUCAGCCUGAGAUGCCUUUAGGACAUUAUGGCAAUUUGAUAAGCUACCCAUUCAUGGCACAGUGUUACAACCCUUUCAUGCUUUCAGCUUUUCAACAAGUGUUUCCUACUGGUAAUCAUCAGUCUUUAGUUGAUAUGCUUAUGCAAUACAAGACUCAAACAACCGCUCCUCCUGUUCCUCCUCCCUCUGCCUAUGGGUUCGGUGGAGGCGCUGUCUCAAGUAAUAACUUCCCUUUGAAUCCCACAAGUGCUGCAAACUCCUACGAAGAUGUCUUGAGCUCACAGUUUAAUGAGAGCAACCACUUGGCAUCAUCUCUUCAGCAGCAGAACGAAAAAACAACAGCAUGGCAUCAAGGACAACAAGCCAACUCGCGAGUGGUUCCAGGAAGCGGAUAUUACAGCUACCCUGGUCAUCAGAAUCAGCAGCCUCCCGGUUUCCGUCAAGCCCAACAACUGCAACAUCAGCAGCAGUCGUCUCAACAACAACAACAACAACAACAUUAUGGAGGACAUGGGUAUGUGAGUCCUUACCAUUCACAAGCUGUAAUGUCACUAGAACAUCUUCAUCACCAAUACCAACAACAGCAAAACGCUAGAGACGCGUCGAAACAGUCCCAACAAUAGUUAUGGCCCAACAACUACUGAUGAAAAGCAAUCCAUUCAAAUCCUUCUUUCCCCCUUAUUUUCAUCUCUCAUUCCAGAGCAGCGAUGGGAUGAUUCCGUUGUUUGAAAAUGGCGUUGUGUUGUGUGUGUGUUUAAGGUUCAGGGUAGGGUCUUAUGAGAGGGUUUUGUGAGAGAACCUUCAAUGGGUUAACUUGUUUACUUGCUAACCUUCUUAUAUUACUAAAAAGAACUCUAUUUUUCU